AUGGAUUGGCACGGAGUGAGGGAAGAUAAUGGGAGUGGGAGUGGUGGUGAGAGUGGUGGUGAGAGUGGUGGUGACAGUGGUGGUGAGAGUGGUGGUGAGAGUGGGCUUGAGCACCAAGACGGGAGGGAGGUGGAAGGGAGGGAGAAGGAGGGGAGGGCGGAGGCAGGGGAGGCGCAAGCAGGGGAGGCGCAAGCAGGGAAAGCGCAAGCAGAGGAAGCACAAGCAGAGGAAGCGCAAGCAGAGGAAGCACAAGCAGAGGAAGCACAAGCAGAGGAAGCACAAGCAGAGGAAGCGUACGCAGAGGAAGCGCAAGCAGAGGAAGCGCAAGCAGAGGAAGCACAAGCAGAGGAAGCACAAGCAGAGGAAGCGCAAGCAGGGGAUGUCAGAUAUAUAUGA